AUGAGCAACGCAGACGAUAUCAAGAUCUCCAUCGAUCGUGGUGGUACAUUCUGCGAUGUUCUCGUCCAAAUUCCUGGACAACCCGACCGUGUUUUUAAGCUCUUAUCAGAAGAUCCUGCCAAUUACCGCGAUGCCCCGACCGAAGCUAUUCGGAGAGCACUUGAAGUUAUUGAUGAUCGGCAAAUUGCGAAAACCGAAAAGCUAGAUGGCUCGCGGAUUUCCUCCUGUCGCAUAGGCACAACGCUGGCGACAAACGCCUUACUGGAGGGGAAGGGAGAACAAUUCGCGUUUAUCACUACGAAGGGAUUCAAGGAUGUGUGUGUUAUUGGUGACCAAACGCGACCGAAGCUUUUUGAUCUGAACGUUCGCAAAGCUUCUGCCUUGCAUGACAAGGUCAUAGAGAUCGAUGAGAGAGUCACGGUCGAGGAUUAUGAUUUAAAUCCGUUUCCGCUGGACAAGAGCAGUGUGCUGAAUGAUCCAUCUCUUGUUCGAACCAUGAGCGGCGAAAUAAUUCGAGUAAUCAAGCCUUUAGACACCUCCGAGGUGACGAGCGCACUUCAGAAACUCAAGACCGACGGGUACGACUCGGUCGCUAUUGGCUUCAUGCACUCGUACUUAUUUCCCGAUCAUGAAAUUCAAGUGGCAUUGCUUGCGCGACAAAUGGGCUUCAAGUACGUGACUACGUCGUCCGAAAUAAGCCCAACAAUAAAGUUUCUGCGACGCAGUAACUCUGUAUCCUCCGAGGCCUACCUCUACCCCAUCAUCAAGCAAUACAUCACAGAGUUCGAAAAUGGUUUCGCCACCUUGCCGAAGAGGGUUGAAUUCAUGUGCUCUGAUGGGGGGCUGCGAUCUUCUCAAAGAUUCCGAGGCAACGAGGCUCUUUUAAGCGGUCCAGCCGGUGGCGUGGUGGGAAUCGCAAAGACUUGUUAUGAUCCCAUAGAGCGCACCCCAGUUAUAGGAUUCGACAUGGGAGGCACUAGCACCGAUGUAUCCAGAUACGACGGCAACUAUGAUUUUCUGAGUGAGACGACAAUUGCUGGCCGCAUUAUUACCGUCCCGAUGUUGAAUAUCGCGACCGUAGCUGCGGGUGGAGGCUCCAUCCUGUUUGCCCGUAACGGACUAUUUGCUGUCGGCCCAGAUAGCGCCGGUGCACAUCCAGGUCCUGCUUGCUACAGAAAGGAGGGACCGCUGACUGUCACGGAUGCGAACCUCUUCCUAGGCAGAUUGGUUUUGUCAGCCUUUCCAUCUAUGUUUGGAAAGGAUGCGGACGAGCCACUCGAUUACGAUGUGACUGCUCGGAAAUUUGAGGAAAUAACGAAGGACAUCAACAUCCAAACUGGUGAGAGUCUCUCAACGGAGGAAGUCGCGUCAGGCUUUCUGAAUGUGGCGAACGAAACAAUGAGCCGCCCAAUUCGCAAUGCGACCGAGGCCCGGGGCUUCCAUCCUGAGCGUCAUAAUUUGGUUAGCUUCGGGGGCGCUGGGGGGCAACAUGCCUGUUCUAUUGCCACAAGGCUUGGAAUUCGACGAGUUUUGAUUCACAAACAUUCAUCCAUCUUAUCUGCCGUUGGGAUUUCUCAAGCUGAUUUGCAGUAUGAAUCAGUUGAGCCAUACGUCGGUACAUUCCAUCUCGGCGCUCUACCUGGAAUUCGUGCUCGGUUCGAUGCCCUCAAAGAUAAGGUGAAAACCGAAUUGGUCGGUCAGGGCGCUUCUUGGGAGAAAAUUGAAUUUGAUGAGUCACUUAGUCUGAGAUAUAAGGGGACUGACACCAAUUUGAUCAUCUCGAAACCGAGCGACGAGAACUACGGCGCUGCCUUCAGAGCGGCGCAUCUGCGAGAGUUCGCUUUCGUAUUAGAACGAGAUAUCAUUGUCGAUUCGGUCCAUGUUCGUGGAGCUGGUGAUAGCAGCAAUGCUAUUCGGUCGGCCUCCCCAUUCGAAGUUUUGGAGCAGAUCAAGAUUGAUCAAAAGCAAGCCCUAACAAACAGUUCACAAAAAGUCUUUGUUGACGGGACAUGGCAUGAUGUACCGGUCCACAAACUUGAGUCCUUCUCUAGUCCUGCUAUUGUGAGCGGUCCCGCCUUGAUCAUCGAUUCAACCCAGACCAUCUUAGUCGAGCCACAAUGGCAAGGCUACAUACUGCCAGAACAUGUCAUUCUUGAACGCGUAUCGGAUGCCACUUCGCUCCCAGAGACUAUCAACCCCAUUCAACUGUCCAUCUUUUCGCACCGCUUUAUGUCCAUCGCUGAACAAAUGGGCAAUACGCUUCAGCGAACCUCUAUUUCUACCAGCAUCAAAGAACGCUUAGAUUUCUCUUGUGCAAUUUUCUCUCCAGAUGGAAAGCUUGUGGCGAAUGCUCCACACAUUCCAAUCCAUCUUGGUAGUAUGCAAUACGCCAUCCAGUAUCAGCAUCAUCUAUGGGAGGGAAAGCUUCGCCCUGGCGAUGUACUCAUGACUAACCACCCGGAGUGCGGUGGGACACAUCUCCCAGAUGUUACAAUUGUGACACCCGUCUUCGCCAAAGAUAAUGAAACCCUUAUGUUCUAUGUGGCAGCCCGAGGACAUCACACCGAUAUUGGUGGAAAAGGAAUUACUUCUAUGAUGCCUGAUUCGAAGGAACUAUGGGAAGAGGGCUUGAAUGUUAAAUCCCUCAAGAUUGUCAGCGGCGGAAGGUUUCUCGAGGAUGCUGUCAGAGAUGCCUUCGUUCAGGCGGGAACGUUUCCAGGUUGCAGUCCCUCUCGUCGACUGGACGACAACAUAUCCGAUAUCAAAGCCCAGAUAUCAUCUAACCAGCGCGGUAUUUUGCUUUUACAGAAGUUGUGUGACGAGUUUACACUUCCGCUUGUUCACCGGCAGAUGUAUGCCAUUCAGGCCAACGCGGAAGUCGCAGUGCGACAGUUUUUUAAAGACAUCAGCAAGAUGCACCCAGAGCCGCUCACAGCAGCAGAUUACUUCGAUGACGGGACUCCACUGCGAGUAACGAUUACGAUCGAUGAAGACACGGGAACUGCGAUUUAUGACUUCAGCGGGACAGGUCCGCAAAUGUGGGGAAAUUACAACUGUCCCAUUUCUAUCACUCAUUCUGCUGUUAUAUACACAACUCGAUGUCUCAUCGAUGCGGAUAUCCCUUUGAAUGAUGGAUGCCUUGCCCCCAUUGACAUCCGUAUCCCGAAAGGGUCAGUCUUACGGCCUAGUGCAUCGGUCGCUAUUUGCGGCAGUACGCUUGCGAGUCAGCGCGUGAUUGAUACAAUUUUACGGGCAUUCGGUCGAUGCGCUGCUUUCUCUGGUUGCGCGAAUAGCUUUGGCUGGGGAAUCGGUGGCAAGAACCAGGUUACGGGGGAAAUCGAGCCCGGUUGGAAUUAUGGCGAAACCGUGGGCGGUGGGUGCGGCGCUGGCCCUUCAUGGCAUGGAGAGCACGCAAUCCAGGCGCACUCGACCAACACGAAGAUUACCGAUGCGGAAGUCGUCGAGAAGCGGACUCCGGUGAUUAUUCGCCAACAUAGCAUCAACUACGGAACUGGAGGACGGGGUCAGUUUAACGGCGGGGACGGAGCGACAAGGCUCAUUGAAGCCCGGGUACCGCUCAAAUUUAGUAUCUUGAGCGACCGACGAGUAUUCGCGCCAUAUGGCAUGCAUGGGGGAGAAGAAGGGGCUGUAGGGAAGAACUUCCUUUAUCGCUGGAACGAAGAUAGAAGUGGGUUUGAGAAAUUAUCCUUGGGUGGAAAGGCAGCUCUGAGUGUGGAGGCAGGAGAGAUGAUGGAAGUGAACAGUCCCGGGGGUGGUGGAUGGGGAUAUGCCACGCAGGUUCCGGCAAUGAUGGAUUUCAUCUCGAUCAACGGCGCUCAGCUGGCGUAUCAUCUGACUGGCCCUCAAGACGCACCAUUAAUCAUCACUCUCCACGGAGGACGAGGAUUCGGUACUUUAUUCGCACCCAGUCCUCUUGUCUCCAAUACUUAUGGGAUGUUAGGAGACCACAAGUCUGACUUUGCGGCAUUUUCGCCUCUUUCGGACCGAUACAGGGUGCUCUCGUUUGACUAUCGAGGUCAUGGACAGAGCUCGCGCACCAAGCCAUACUCGUUCCAGCAAAUAGUCGACGAUAUCGAUGCACUCCGAGUUCAUUUUGUCGGGCCAGAACGACAGUGCAUCAUUUGCGGUGGCAGUUUCGGAGGCUUCUUAGCGCAGCAGUACGCGAUCCAGUAUGCGGACAAAGUAUCGCAUCUGAUAUUACGCGGGACUGCACCUUCGCAUCAUCGUGAGGGUUCCCUGCUUCGUGCCAAGGCUUCGCUUUGUGAUGCUGAUGUUUCAUCCGCAGACGAGGAUAAUGCGAUCCAGAUACUGGAAACCCGCCUUCAUCGAGCCCCGGGACUCUCCGUGUCCAUGUUAAAGGAAAAGAUAUUUGGGCAGUUUCAAAAUGACAAUGAUUUCCGGCUUGUGAUGCUCUGCGCAGCGCCUUUGUAUGCUGAAAAGUUCGACCCCGACGGGGCGCUGCGCAAGAAUCUGGAGACGGUAUUUAAUGCCGAGUCACAUAAUGAUUUAUACUCCACGUCGGAGAAGUAUUUUGAUUAUAGAGAUGGCUUGCAUCUCAUAACCGCUCGAACGCUAGUUGUGGUCGGUGAAUUUGAUUGGAUCUGUCCGCCGAAUCAAUCAGAGCUCAUAGUCGCAAGCAUCCCUAACGCAAGGCUCGAGAUCGUACACGACGCGAAUCAUGCGGUUCAUUUAGAGAAGAACGAAUACGUGGUGCGGGUGAUGCGAGAGUUCCUGGGGAGCUGUUCAUGCCAAAAAAUGUAA